AUGAAACUAUCUGUACUCAACCCCUCCAAAGCACAUGGGCCAGACGGUAUCCCGGCAUGGUUAUUAAAAGAAAACGCUGAUCUCUUGGCGGGUCCAGUCUCUGCGAUCCUCAACUCCUCGUUCCACGAAUCCCGCCUUCCGCCUUCUUGGAAAGAGGCUGACGUUGUCCCGGUCCCAAAACAAAGGCCUAUUAAUGACAUUAACAAGCAC